AUGAAGCUCCUACAGCUGUUUUCCUGCGCCUGGCUGGCCCUUCUGGUCUCUGCUGCUAUAUAUACUGGUCCGCAGACGACAGAAAUGGAAGAUGGCGUUGAGGUCUGGAAAACAAAGAUAAGUGACGACAGUCCCACACUCACCCACAGAGUGAAUGAUCUUCAAACCAGGAAUGCACGCCCCAAGAUCGUCUUCAAUUGUGCCAUUGUCCCAGCCCUCUGCAACAACGCCCGGAGCAAGCUCGGCGACGGCUCAACAGCGACGAUGCACUACGACGCUGACUGGGUUAAGGUCCGCAAGAACGCACGUCGAGCCUUUCCCUGCCCGAACACCUGGGACACAACCCAUACAUGCCCCGAGAGCAACCAGCCAAGCGAAUUCUGGUUCACGGAUAAGGGGAAAUCGAACCUCAAGAAAAAAGAGAUCAAGAUGUGGAAAGGGAAGCAUGGGGACGAGAGUCCGGACAAUACUCAGCUCGCCCAACUCACUAGAAUCACGCAUGACGAUGAUGGCAAACCGAUCGAGCAAUGGAGCAAAGUUGGGGCUAAACUCACGUGUGAUGAAUGGCCGGCAGCAUCAUGGAUCGAAGGGGGCCAAGGAGCAAAUUCUUACUGUGCACCAGGGCGUGCCAAGUGCCCACAAGGCGGAAAACUGAAUACCGAACAAGACUUCCAGAGUUCAGUUUAUGGCCAAGUCAUUAAUUGGUACAACAAGUUCUACGAUCAGUGGCCGGUAAAUGACAGCUGGACCGACAACAAGGACAUCAAACACGACUUAAAUUAUCAGAUUUUCAAGUUUGACAUCGAGCUGGUGAGUGACGGUGAUGAUAAAUAUGCCACCUGGCUUGAGGCGAAUGGCCGCAAACGAUACUGCUUUCCCAAGUCGGAUGGUGCUGGCUGCAAAACAAGCUGGGACGAGGAUCCCGACGACUACUUUGGCCAAAAAGCGUAG